UGAUAGCAGAGCUGCCAAGUCUCCCGGAUCCUGCGGGAGACUCCCGGAUUUUGACCCAAUAUCCCGUUUUCCCGACCCCAUGCAAAAAUCUCCCGGAUUUCCAGAUUUUAAGUUGUAUUAUUUUCAUAAACGACUGUUUCACAAGACUAGCAUGUUGAGUUCGUACGUACGUAUACAAACACACGGCAAUUCUGUAAUAUGAAUUUUCCUGUUAUCCAGUCGUCGAAUAUAAAUUUACCGUGAUAUCGUACUUUAUUUAACAGCGUAAUAAAUGAGAGUUACGCCGAACGACUGGCGGGCUAAUCUAACAAACCAUUGGGAACAUGUGAUAAUGUGAGUGGUGUUUGUGUGAUAGCAAUUCGCCUGCUUGCUCUGCCGGGCGGCUUCCUCGCCGGCCCCCGUAGCGUCCCGGUACGUUGGUGCCGGUUUCCGAUCGGUCGCGUCAGAGCAGCCAGAAGUUGCACUGAUACAACAAGCAGACUUUGUCUGCUGCGAUCGGCCCAAAAAACUGCACAUUUCAACAUCAGUUUUUGGAUUGAUUUGGGGACUUUUGCGAUGUGAUUUUUAAGUGGAUUAUCAUUUGAUACCAACAUGGCAGUGUUACUGCAGAGUGGAUUUUGAAGCCGACUUUUUUUUUCUGAUCUCCUUUGCCGUUGGGAACGCAUCGAUAUAACUUGCAUCUUCCGAAGGCGUAAGUCAACUUUGUCCAAAACAAGGCUGUAUUUUGCUCUCUGUUUGAGUAUUAAAAUAUCAUCCAGGACAAUGUCGAAGUCGAAAUAUUAUCAGAAAUAUAAAGAUGACUACCACUUGGAAUGGCCUUGUGUUGGGAAAUCUACGAAAGGCGAAUACUACGCAUUUUGUACAGUUUGCGGCGCAGAUAUCUCCAUCAAGAGUGGGGGAAGAAAUGAUGUAUUUCGCCACAUCACAUCUGACAAACACAAGCAAACCGCGAAAGCAAGGGGCAAUACAAAAGGAAUACAGAGCUUUUUCAGGUCAGCAGCUGGUGAUGACAGUGCAACCAAGGCCGAAGCUCUGUUUACAGGCUUUCUGGUAGAGCACAAUUUACCAGUUGCUGCUUCAGAUCACGCUGGCCCCAUUUUCAAGAAAAUGUUUCCCGACUCGAACAUUGCUACCAAGUACGGUUCUGCAAGAACCAAAACUUCGUCAAUGAUCCAUGCGAUGAGCAAGAAUACAUCUGCCUUGAUUGCUGAAGAGGCUCGGAAUUCGGUUUUCAGCUUGGCGACUGAUGGGUCAAAUGACGGCGGCUCUGAACAGCUAUAUCCCGUGCUACUUAACUAUUUUGAUGAAACAAAAGAAAAAGUUGUUCAGGCAUUGUUAAGCUUGCCUGCACUUACAGAUGGUGCUUCAACAGGGGAAAACAUAUUCCAGCUUCUCAAUAGAGAACUGUCAAAGGAAAAGAUUCCAUGGAGCAACUGCAUAUCCUUUGUUGCAGACAAUGCAUCCGUAAUGCUAGGUAGACACAAGGGUGUAGCGGCCUUUAUACAGAAGGAACAUUCUGAAUGUUAUGUCGUAGGAUGCCCAUGCCACAUGGCGCACAAUACAGCUGAGAAAGCCUCUAAAGCGCUUCCAAUAGCCAUUGAUGAACUACUCAUUGACAUUUACUACUAUCUGGAUAAGAGUAGUAAGCGCCAGAAAGCUUUAAAAUCUCUACAGAUUUUGUGUGAUACUGGUGUUCGGAAGAUUUUGAAGCAUGGAGCAACUCGAUGGCUUUCUCUCGGGCUAUGUAUUGACAGACUUUUGUCACAGUGGCAACCACUGCAACUCUUUUUUAAAGAAGAGAUGAAGGGUAGCACAAUGACCAGAAGACCAGUUUCAACAAAGACAGGACCAUUAGCUGAGAAGACUGCCAAGGCAUCUAGCACACCAAGCACUUCGAUGUCUGCACCAAAGAAAGGACCAUCUGCUGAGAAGACUUCCAAGUCAUCUAGCACACCAAACACUUCGAUGUCUGCACCAAAGAAAGGACCAUCUGCUGAGAAGACUUCCAAGUCAUCUAGCACACCAAACACUUCGAUGUCUGCACCAAAGAAAGGAUCUGCUGAGAAGACUUCCAAGUCAUCUAGCACAACAAGCACUUCGAUGUCUGCACCAAAGAAAGGACCAUCUGCUGAGAAGACUGCCAAGACAUCCAUUACAUCAACCAGCUCGUUGACAGCUACAUCAAAGCAAUACUCAUCGGUUUCAAGGACUUUGAAAAGGAAAUCAAGCGGGCCUCAGGGUGCAUUACCUGCCAAGCGACCUGUUCUGAAAGCUGGAACCUUGACUGCACCAAUUCUUCAGGAAUCACGUCUGGUCAGAGUCCAUCGUUUGCUGAUAUCACCCCAAACCAAACUGUAUUGUUACUUCCUCAAAUACAGUAACAAGAUCUUUGAUGACAUCAACCUACUCCUACAGAGAGAAGAACCCUGCAUUCACAUUCUUAAUAAGCAGCUUAAUAAAACCUUCCAAGAUAUGCUUGUUAGAUUCGUGCAGCCAACAGUGAUUGUUGAAUGUUCUGAUGUCAAGAAAGUGCAGUAUGGUAAGAGAGAUUGCCAGAAGUCAGAUAAAGAUCUAAUGAUUGGAAAAGAUGCCAAGGAAUACCUGGAGAGUACAACAAGCCCAGAAGAUGAUUCUCCCCUUCGUCUUACAGAUGCUGAUUUGACAUACUUCUACUUGUCGGUGAGGAAGUAUUAUGAAUCAGCAUGUGACUAUGCCUUGAAAACCUGGCCACUAGAUGUUAAGUUCCUUAAGGAGGCUGAAGUGAUUGAUGUCAGUUCCAGAAGAGAUGUGUCAUUUUCAUCUGUGCAAUACUUUGUUGAAAAGUACCCUUGCAUUUUGAACAGACAAUCAGAGAAUGGAGACCUGGACAAGCUUGAGCUGGAAUUUGCACAAUACCAGGUUGAAGACUUUUCAGGGGAACCAGAGAUCCUGAACAAAAACUUGAGAAUAGACAAGAAAUGGUCUGCAAUUUCAAAGAUGGAGGAUGGCAAUGGCUCAAAGAAAUACACACUUCUGAGCAAAGUGAUGAAAUCUUUGCUUGUGAUACCACAUUCCAAUGCUUCAUGUGAAAGAGUUUUUAGCAUUGUUAGGAAGAACAAAACUGAUUUCAGGGGAUCAAUGAAUUUGAAAACACUUCAAGCACUCCUAACAGAGAAAAUUGCCAACACAGAUGUCCCAUGCUACCAAAGGGAGUAUAGCAAGGACCUCCUUAGCAAACUCAAGCAAGCAACCUACCAGUCACUUCAAGGAAAACCCUCAAGCACACCCCAGUCCUUGCCUUCCACAAGUACAUCCCCCAUUUCACAAUAGAGGUAACAGGAGUUCAUAGUCUGAAAUAUGAUGUGAAGUUCAUAUGUUAUCAAUUGUAUGCAAAUAAAAUGUGCCAUAUCAAAGCCUUCCAUUUUGAGAAA